AAAACAGUCCUCUCUGGAUUGGGUGGCGAGACCUCGACUUCCCUAAAAUUGCGUCAUUUCGAACCCCAUUGGGUCCAGAUGUUAUGGACUCCGACGGGUUACCGUCUCGGAAACUCUCCAUCACGCAAGCAAAAGGCGAGGGGGCGGCUAAUUAAAUAUUGAGCAGAAAGUCGCGUGGGGAGAGUGUCACGUGGCUCUCCAGGCUCGUCACGCCAGCGAUAAAUACCGCGAAGCAGGAGCAGGGACUAGAGCGCACUCCGACCUGCUCCACUCCUGCACCGACCGAGGAGAGCAGAGCAAGGAGCACCCAGCGGAACACCCAGCGAGUGCGCACCUGCCGAGCAUCCCCGCCGCCGAGCUGACCGCAAAAUCCAACAUGAAAAUCCUCGUGGCCCUGGCGGUCUUUUUCCUCAUUUCCACUCAACUGUUUGCAGAGGAGAUCGGUGUCAACGAUGAUCUAAAUUAUUGGUCCGACUGGUCCGACAGUGACCAGAUCAAGGAGGCGCUGCCAGAGCCCUUUGAGCAUCUUCUGCAGAGAAUCGCCCGGAGACCCAAGCCUCAGCAGUUCUUUGGAUUAAUGGGCAAACGGGAUGCUGAUUCCUCAAUUGAAAAACAAGUGGCCCUGUUAAAGGCUCUUUAUGGACAUGGCCAGAUCUCUCACAAAAGACAUAAAACAGAUUCCUUUGUUGGACUAAUGGGAAAAAGAGCUUUAAAUCCUGUGGCAUAUGAAAGAAGUGCAAUGCAGAACUACGAGAGAAGACGUAAAUAAAUUCUGUAACACACUAUCUAUAUUCAGCCUCAUUUGGGUCAAUGAGCGAAGAAAGGUAAAAUAAAACAUGCACUAUGCGGAAUAAUUAUUUAUUUAAUAACAAAUGUUAUGAAUGGAAAAACUAAAAAAAGUGUUUAUUUUUUCAUAUUGUGCCAAUAAGUGUUGUAAUUCUAAUGUGGUGACCCCUCAGAAGUAGAAACUAGUAGUAACCUCAGCACAGCACAGUGUCGAUGGAAUUGUACAAGCUCACUGGUGAGGCAGUCUCCCAAGGAAACAAGAGCCAGUGCAGACAACUAGCACUGGCAGUGAAGAAACUCCUGUGCAGUCUUGUGCUUCCCCCGGUUGCUUUUACGCUGAUAAUAUAGAAACUUUGGUAUCUGACUCUACUGGUAUCCUAGCAGCAUGUUUCUUGUUCUGUGACUGUAUAGAGAUGUUUUUAAAAGUUUCAGUGUGAUUCUCUGGUCUUCAUUCAUUGUAUGAUGUGUUGUGAUAGCUACCAUUUUAAAUAAAAGAAUAUAUCUUCAGGA